GAGGCUUUGAGCAUGUCAUACCUAAUCUGCACUGCUUGAGUACAUUCUACACAUCUGCAAUCUCGAUUUACUAGGGGCGCCCUGCGAGUCCUCGAAGGGGAUGUUGACCUUGUAGAUAACGCCGACCUUAAAUUAGGUGCUGCAUUCCUCCUCGCCUUUACUGCCCGAAGACACGUAAUUAACGACUUUGGAUACUUGAGCACCAGCUGGGGCCACCAUGGCCGACGAGAAGGAGCAGCAGGGAGAGCAGGGCUACCAGCUGCAGAGCCAGCACUUUUACAAAAUUAUUACUAGCUACAUGCCAGAGAGCUUCGAGCAGGAUGCUGUCCAAAUAGCGCUCAUCGCUGUGGACAAGUAUCGGCAACUCAAAGACAUAGCCUUCUAUAUCAAGCACGAGUAUGACAAGAAGUACCCGGGGAGUGGCAAGGCCACGGAGGGCGUGUACCACUGUAUCGUGGGCAAAAGCUUCGCAAGUGCUGUGAGCCACGAAACGCGGCAAUUCAUCCACAUGAAGGUUGACACGUACCACGUCAUCCUAUGGAAAUCAAAGGACACUCCGUUCACUCCCGGCGGCGAGUAAGCCACGCGGUGUGGCACCGGCACGUGCGAGGUUGCGGAGCAGCGUUGGGGGCGCGUGAGCGUAUCACGAAGAAGGCAUGGAGAUGCAGGUUUCUAUGGAGACAUGUGCAGUGGAAGACGGUGCGGAGAUGGUUGCGUUGUGAGUGCGCACGGACCACGGAUGGAUGGAGAUUGAGUGAUACCGGCAUCCCGCAGUGCCAGGGCACAGUGCCAGCGUACACCGAGAGCAACGGACUGGGGGUGACCAUCACGCGGAGGGUCUAAUUGGGGUCUGGCACUGGAAGCCCAGGCGCACCAGAGCAUGGAUGUAGGUAGGAGCAUGUGGCACCAUGCCCAUGUGGAGCUGAGCUGUCAGGUGUGCAGUCUGUCAGCAAGCAGUGGGGCUGCGUACGGUAAUAUCGGGAUGCGGGGGCGGGAUCAUGCGGUGGUGCAAGAUUAAGACAUCACAAUCCUUUACAGUUAGUCAGGAGAUACUUGGCUCCAGCACAAUAGAUGUAACUUGGUCUUGCACAUCUCCAUGCGGAUCUUACGGUACCAACGCUCCAUGCGGAAUGGCGCUCAUCCAAACGUCAAGUCAUGUUGUCGUUCUAUAAUGGGGCUGGGAGACACAGCUCCUCGGUCUGCUCGCUACGACGUGUGCCCAGUCUGGACAGUCUUGCUGGUACAAACCGUCAAUCCAGUGAACCCAUACGCUCGUGUGACGCCGCCACCGAAGCCGCACAACCAACAAAGGGAAGGGCAAGCAACGCAAUGCACGCACUGAUCUUUGACGCAAACAACGCCCACGGGGUGCACCCCUUGCAAACACUCUCGCACACAGCAAACACUCAAACAAUAUGGGUAUAAUCAUACAAGGGUUAUGGUAAUAGCGAACUCCAGCUGAGCGAAACCGCUCCACACUCUCCCACGUCAACACGCUCGCAAGAACACACUUUGCGGCAGUGCCUGCCUCAUAUUAACGCACGCUGCACCAGUCCGCUGGCUGCCCCGCUGGACCCCGCCUUCGACACAACAGCCACUGCACGCACUGCCGCGCUGCUGACGCGCCGCGCCGCCAGCGGCCGUAAGCAAAUUGCAGCCAUGAGCCCUUGCCGGGCGCCGCUGCCGCAGCCAUGGAGGGCGCUGUGCCCGCAUGGAGCCGGCCCGCUGGACGCCGCACCGCUGCUGGCGUGCGGCCGCGCCGUUGCCGCGCGCGCCACCAGGCUGGGCGCCGAGGGGGCGCCGUUGCCAUUGGAUGAGGAGCUGUCGGUGAUGCGCUGGCCGGCCUGCAGCAGCUUGAUCUUGUUGGGCAGCUCGUUGAUCUUGAAGUUGUAGGGCACUGAGAUGAAGCCCGAGUCCCACAGCUGCGGGAAGCGAGCAGCCAAGCGGGGUUGC